GAGAAAAAUGGGUGCUCAUGUGAUGUGAUGUGGAGGCACAUGCUGCACCAGCUGAUAUAAUAGCAGCAGAGCUAAUGCUUCUUGAUCUCUGAUGUGUAGAUGAAGACAGAAAAAUAAAAUACAAAGCUGCUGUCAAAAUUCAGAGCUGGUUUCGAGGAUGCAGAGUCCGAGCCUAUCUGAGACAUCUGAACAAAAUGGUGAUUUUUAUACAGAAGCGGUGGAGAGGUUAUCAAAGCAGAAGAUACUUCCGAAAAAUAGUGAAGACAGCAUAUUUUAUUAUGAAGAUGAAUUUCUACAAUGAAAUGGCUGUCAGGAUCCAGAAAAGAUGGCGUGGAUAUUAUGUCCGAAAAUAUAUCCAUAAUUAUUAUGCACUGAAGAAAUACCUGGAAGCCAUUUCUGUGAAUAAUGAGAUUGUCAGGAAUGAACUCCAAGAGUACGCAGAAAUGAAUGAAAAGGAAAAGAAGAAGAAGGACCAGGAAAAGAAAGAAAAGGAAAAGGAAUACCAAGCCCGAAAGAUGCAUUACCUCCUUAGCACUGAGCAGAUUGCAGGCAUAUAUAAUUCGCCGUUCAGAAAAUCCCCAGAUCCAAUGGAACUGCUGCUCCGGCAGUCAAAGCCACUGGGACAUAGGCGGCAGCAAGUGAAGAGUCCCUUCACAGAUGAACUCUACGACUGGCCAACUUGUACAAGGCCUCCAACUUUCCAUGCUGGAGAAUCCCUGCCACCUAUUGGCAGACAGAAACCUCAGGGGCCUUUCCGCGAUACCGCUGAAGUAUUGCGGCAGCGCUAUAUGCCUUUGGAACCAACCUUGCGAGUGGCAGCAUCAAUCGAUUCACCACUAGAGAAGGCCAGAGUGGAAAUGAAAAGGGAGGAAUGGAGAAACCAUAUACAUGACAAUGAAUUUUUGCCAUUUUCUUCGUAUCAUAAAAAUGAGAAGUAUGAUCCAUCAAUUCAUAGGUCAGGCAAAUAUGGCCAAGAAACUUAUGGAAUUAAACAUUUCCGGGAAGUACAGCCGAAUAAGUGGGUAACAGGCAAGGACUUUCAAACAGUGUUACCAUCAAUUGUUCUCUUUGAGAAGUUUGGAAAAACUUAUUCCAGAUGUGGACAAAUAGUGUAAUCAUUCUGUAAACUAUACAACGUAAGACACUUGAUAAGUAAUCAAUAAAUGCUUUUCAAGAAAUGCAUAGCAGUAUGUUGACUGAAUGUCCCAUAAAUUAUUCUUUCUGUAAAGUGAUGUAUACUAUGUCUGAAGUACUGUUAAUUGGUUUUGCUUGAUCCUUAAGCAAUACAGCUUUCCACAUUAAUCAAAGAUUGUUGUUGUUGUUCUGGAAAAAAAGUCAGUAUUAUCCUAAGAAAAUGGAGAGGCUCUUAGAAAUGACUUCUGAAAAUGCUAUCUUUUAUUUAAAUGUAAAUCCUAUAGGAUACAAGGUAAAAGACUCAGAAACAUGUAGUAUUUAUUACAGAUUUGUAAGUGAAGUUAACACUGAAAAAAAAUCUAUCUUUUCCCUCGCAAGUUUGUUUCACAAAUUUGCAUAUGUUUCAUCAUUGUUGUUCAUCAUUCUCUAUGUUAGUAUACAUGCUUUUUGGAUACUGAUCCAUCUCUUCAUAUGAUCAAUAAACUUAGGUAGGCUAUUUACAUGGAUGUUACUAUUUUAAAGUCUUUUAGCUCCUCUGUGUGUGAUAUAACUUCAGUGUUGAAAAAUUAAAAUUCUAACAGCUUCAUAUAUACCUUAGUAUUUAAUCAAUUUUUCUAUAUCCUCUUAAUUUUUUUUUUGCCAAUAUCUAUGUGUUUACUCUUGGUCCCGUGUCUGUCUUAUACAUGGGAACAUGAUCAUGUGAUGCUUAACAAAGAAGAACACAUCUGAGCACACAAAACUGAUAUUUGACUGCUGUGUUUGCUAGCAUGCAAUUCAACUGCAAAAUGGUGAAUAUCUUCAGAGCUCAUUAAUUGAAAAGACUCAAAAAACUUCAGUAUUUUCUGGGACCAAAUCAUAACCUAAUUCUUCAAAUUAUGCGAAUGAAUUUUUACAGAAGUUUUCUGCUGAGUUUUCUAGGAUACCAUGCUUUCUCCUCAUAUCAUUUGGAUGUAUUUGAAUCAAAUAUUAUUAGAUCAAAUAGCAUUUGAUUAUAGUAUUUGAAUCAGAUAAUCAGUGUUAGGC